GUCACUGCCUACUAAAUUGACAGAAAAGUGUUUUGAUUUGUAUCCUGUUUCGUUUUAAAUGUGACUUGCUUGCUGGGUGCAUCACGAAAAAGUCAAAACAUUAAAUGUUAUAAUAACCAAGAAGUACGCUAAAGUAGUUAAGGGUUUCGUAAGAGAAAAGUAUCAUAUUUUCAUAUUACAAUGGCUACUACCAAAAGAAUGGUGCCUAACAUCCUAAUAACAGGUACUCCAGGUGUCGGGAAGUCUACACUUUCGCGUUUAUUGGCUGAAAGAACAAAGUUUACCUGGCGAGAAGUGUCCAAAUUAGCUGAGGAAUUUAGUUGUUUAGACGAAUAUGAUCCAGAGUAUCAGUGCCCGUUUCUAAAUGAAGACAAGCUGCUGGACAUUAUGGAAGGUAUGAUGGCAAAGGGUGGCAACAUUGUGGACUACCAUGGAUGUGACUUUUUUCCAGAGAGGUGGUUUGACGGUGUUUUUGUUGUAAGGACCAAUAACACUGCACUCUUUGACAGGCUAACAGCAAGAGGAUACACAGGCAAGAAAUUAGAAGAUAACAUUCAGUGUGAAAUAUUUGAAACAUUGCUAGAAGAGGCACAGUCUUCGUACAAGCCAGAGAUUGUGGUAGAACUACAGAAUGACACAGAAGACCAGCUACAUAAGAAUGUUGACACAAUCACAGAAUGGAUAGAAAGGUGGAGAGAAGAAAAUAUAUAGUUAAUUUAUUUU